GAGCCGCCGCCGUUCCCGCAGGGCUUCGCCGUCCCGCUGCCCGGUAUGAGCUCCGCCACCGGCGCCGGCCGGGAGCCGCCCCGGUACCUCAGCAAGGCGGAGGCAGAGGCCAUCGAGAAGGAGCUGCUGGAGGAUUACCGGUUUGGGCGGCAGCAGCUGAUCGAGAUCUGGGGACAUGCCUGUGCUGUGGCCGUGACCAAGGCCUUCCCGCUGCCGUCCCUGCCGCGGAAGCAGCCCACGGUGCUGGUGGUGUGCGGCCCGGCGCAGAAUGGGGCCAUCGGGCUGGUGUGUGCCCGGCACCUGCGGAUCUUUGACUACGAGCCCACCAUCUUCUACCCCAAACGCUCCCCGGACCCCCUGUACCGGGAUUUCACGACGCAGUGUGAGAAGAUGGACAUCCCCUUCCUCUCCUACCUCCCCACCGAGGUGCAGCUGAUCAACGAUGCCUACAACGCCGUGGUGGACGCCGUGCUGGGAGCCGAAGCGGAGGCGGCCGAGGGGAGGGAGCCCUGUGCCGCCAUCCUGGCCACCCUGAAGCAUGUCCGCAUCCCCAUCGUCAGCCUGGAUGUGCCCUCAGGGUGGGACGUGGAGGCCGGGAGCAGCGGUGGGAUCAGCCCCGAUGUCCUGGUGUCGCUGUCGGCGCCCAAGCAGUGUGCCCGUCGCUUUUUGGGCCGCCAGCACUUCGUGGCCGGUCGAUUCCUUCCCUACGAUGUGCAGAAGAAGUUUGAGCUCAACCCACCCAAGUACCCCGGCACCGAGUGCGUGGUGGCCCUGUGAGCCCCCCCCCGGGAAUAAAGCGCUUGGUGGCUCUUC